GGAAGGACGUGAAGGACAUUCCUAUCCCCCCCGGCCAGUCAUUUACCUACAGCUGGAGAAUCACCAGUGAGGAUGGGCCAACACAGGCAGAUCCUCGCUGCCUCACCCGUUUCUACUACAGCUCCAUCGACCCGGUCCGAGACACAGCCUCAGGCCUGAUUGGGCCCCUCCUGAUCUGCUUUAAGAAGUCCAUGGAUCAGAGGGGAAAUCAGAUAAUGUCAGACAAGACGAGGUUGGUGCUGUUUUCAGUCUUCGAUGAGAACCGCAGCUGGUACCUGGAGGAGAACAUCAGGCGGUUCUGCACUGAUGCAGCCCAUGUGGAUACCCAGGACCCCCAGUUUUAUGCCUCCAACGUGAUGCACACUAUUAACGGCUUUGUGUUUGACAACCUCCAACCAAAACUCUGCCUGCAUGAAGUUGUGUACUGGUAUGUCCUGAGUGUUGGGGCCCAAACAGAUUUCCUCUCCAUCUUCUUCUCUGGAAACACAUUCAAGCGCAACAUGGUCUUCGAGGACGUGCUUACCCUUUUCCCGUUUUCUGGAGAAACAGUCUUCAUGAGUUUGGAAAAGCCAGGCGUCUGGACACUGGGGUGCCUGAAUUCUGAUUUCAGGGACCGAGGGAUGCGCGCCAAGUUCACAGUCUUGCAGUGCCAACAUGAGCAAUACCCUGAUGGGGAAGACUAUGUGGAUUUUGAAGAGGAGGAGGAGGAGACCUUUGACUUCCAACCCAGGGGCUUCUCUAAAAGAAAGACAUGGCACAGGCCAUGUGUGAAUGAGCAACUGAACAACAUCACCUCUUCCAGAAAUGAGACAGAGAAGCCAAGAUUGUGCUUGACAGAACCCAGCCAUGGGGCCCUCCUGAGCAAUGGCAGGAUUUCUGAUCCCCCUUCUAAUGGCACAUCCACACUUUCAGGAACAAUCCCACAUCCACCUGAUAUUUCCAUGUCCUCUCUGCCAGAGACAAACUAUGAGCCAGUGUCCUAUGAAUCCUUCCUGGAAGAUGAAGAAGAAUUGUCAAAAAUCAUCAGCCAGAAUGAAGGUUUUGGGUCUUUACCAUCUGGAGAACACUUGGCGAGUGACAGUGGAAGGCUCCAUGGUACUGUGAGCUCAGAAGAAGGUCAGCAAUGGCUGCACCAAGCUACACCAGCUUCAGAAGGUGCUCUGGCAGGAAAGGAGGUGGCAAAAAUCUCAGAGAUGCAGGAGCCAGUGAAAAGGAAAAUGGUCCAGUCAGGUGGUACAAUAGAGAUCCUGGAAGCAGAGCCUCAAAAGACAACUACUCAUGCAACAAGUUUGUGGGACUCAAUUGCUUAUGCUGCUAGCAAAGCUCCUCUUCAAGAGAACAGGAGCUCAUUUCACCAGAAUGACCUGGAGCACAAUCUGGGACUUCAAGACACGUCUUCACAGGGUGCUGAGGACAAGUUGCUAAGAGGGGCUGAUAAAAUGUCCUUAAACCUAUAUGAGUCAAAGGAGAUAAUCAAUACAGAGCCAGUUUUAAGUACUGAUCAUAACUCUUCUUCCACACUGGACAAUCCUUCUGCAUCUUCAGAUGAGACAGAAGACAACAGGACUUUUCGUGCUGUACAUCACAGUCACACCAGAGAAAGCAAUUAUUCAUCAAAUGAGCUAGAUGCUAGGCAGGAAAAAAGACCUCACAAAGUGGUUUCACAAGGCUUUUAUGAAUCUUUUGAAGGGAAAAAUGUUUCUUUCUCAGACCUAGGACCCAGCAAACCUGUACAAGAACAAAUCCUCACAGAUGAAAGUAACUCCUUGCCUGCAAAAAGUGGCACAGAACAAGAAGCCAGUGAACUUGCCAAAGGCACAAGCCUUCUAGAAACCAGAUUUGCACAUACCAAUGACAUUGAGCCUCCCAGCUAUAUAAUGACAGAAGAGAGGGACGAAUUAAUCUUGGAGACAGUGUUUCAGGAUGCUACAGCCACUAAGGAAUUGCCAGAGAUGGACAGUCUUGCCUUUCCUGAAUCAAACGUUGUGGCCAAUGACACAAGGCAGUUCCCAAAUGCUCUCUUAAACAGCCCUGAGGAGUUUCUGAGACACAGAGCUCCAGCCCCGAGUGUGAGUGACCCCAACGAGAGGCCUCGACAAGCCAGGUCACUAGAGAGCCUGAUGCAUGGUCUGGGUCUUCCCAACACCAGUUGGCCUGGGAGCAGGGAGCCCCUCUCUGAGGGUGACAGAGCAGAGCAGGAUCUGGCCAGCCAGGCCCCUGAGACAGCAGGAGCGCUGGGGAGCGAGGCGGCAAUGGCAGCAAGCAGCUCAGAAACUCAGGCUGCUGCUGUGGCUGCAGACAUGGCCUCGAACUGGGACCUGAUCUCCCUGGGGGCAGCGGGACAAGCCGGGGCCUUCCAAAGCCCAGCUUUGGCCGAGCGGCAGCCAGGCAGAGGUGCUGUCUGGGGGACUCCUGGGAGCGAGCAAGCUCAGAGGAGAAGCCAGAUGGAGGAGGAGACAAACUCUGUGGAGCAGCUGGGUAAGUUCAGCCCUCGGCCUCAGCACCUCAAGGCCAAUGCCACGGAGGACUACAUCCCUGAGAGCACGACUGGGCAAAGUCCAGAAGAAAUCCCUAUGAAACCCACCUCCAAAGAAGACUAUUCCCUGUCUCCAAGCAGCCCCGCUAGCAACCACAGCACUACCAAAAAAACAGUCGAAUAUGUGCAAGCCAGUCCAGAUGGAUGGCAGGUGCUUGGUGGGGAAGACGUCCUCAGAGAAACUGGGAAGAGAGAGGGCCAGGGCCUAGGGGAGCCCAAGGAGGAUGGGGAAAGCAACAGCACAGCUGGGCAGAGGAACCAUGCCCCAGGAUAUAGGGAGGGACUGGCUUUGAGCAACGGGACCCAUUCCAGCCCCUCGAGGCCAAGGGCUGACAAGCCGGAUUACGAUGAGUAUGGCGACACAGAGCAGACUAUGGAGGAUUUUGACAUCUACGGGGAAGAGGAACAUGACCCACGCUCCUUCCAGGGGGAGGUACGCCAAUACUUCAUUGCAGCGGUGGAGGUGAUGUGGGAAUACAGGAACCAGAGACCCCAGCACUUCAUAAAAGCCACGGACUCCUGGAGCGGCAGGAGGAAGCCUUUCCGGCAGUACCGCAAGGUGGUUUUCCGAGAGUACCUGGACGAUUCCUUCACUCAGCCGCUGCUGCGGGGAGAGCUGGAUGAGCACUUGGGCAUCCUUGGGCCAUACAUCAGGGCAGAAGUUGAAGAUGUCAUCAUGAUUACAUUCAAGAACCUGGCCUCGCGACCCUUCUCCUUCCACUCCACGCUGCAAGCCUAUGAGGAGACGCAGGGUACGACGCAGGGUGGAGAGGCAGUGCAGCCUGGCGAGCUCCGGAGGUACUCCUGGAAAGUCCUGCCUCAGAUGGCACCCACCACGCAGGAGUUUGACUGCAAGGCCUGGGCUUACUUCUCCAACGUGGACCUGGAGAAGGAUCUGCACUCGGGCCUCAUUGGGCCACUGAUCAUCUGCCGCCGUGGGGUGCUGAGUUUCGUUUUCAAGCGGCAGCUGGCUGUGCAGGAGUUCUCCCUGCUCUUCACCAUCUUUGACGAGACCAAAAGCUGGUACUUCCUGGAGAACAUGGAGAGGAACUGCCGCCCUCCCUGCCGCAUCCAGCAGGACAACCCUGACUUUAAGAGAAACCAUUCCUUCCACGCCAUCAACGGCUACAUGAGUGACACACUACCUGGGCUGGUGAUGGCUCAGCAGCAACGGGUCCGAUGGCACCUCCUGAACAUGGGCAGCACCGAGGAUAUCCACUCCGUCCACUUUCAUGGGCAGCUAUUCAGCAUCAGGACUAGCCAGGAGUAUCGCAUGGGAGUCUACAACCUUUAUCCCGGUGUCUUCGGGACGGUGGAGAUGUGGCCCUCACAUGCCGGGAUCUGGCGGGUAGAGUGCAAAGUAGGAGAGCACCAGCAAGCUGGGAUGAGUGCUCUCUUCCUCGUGUACAACCAAAACUGCCGAAACGCCCUCGGCAUGGCCUCGGGCUACAUCGCAGACUCUCAGAUCACAGCGUCGGGGCAGUAUGGGCAGUGGGCUCCUUACCUGGCCAGGCUGGAUAACACUGGCUCCAUCAAUGCUUGGAGCACUGACAACAGCAACGCCUGGAUCCAGGUGGAUCUUUUGCAUCUCAUGAUUAUUCACGGCAUAAAAACCCAAGGGGCCCGACAAAAGUUCUCCAGCCUUUACAUCUCCCAGUUUGUUGUCUUCUACAGCCUUGAUGGGCAAAGGUGGAAGAAAUACAAGGGGAAUGCCACCAGCACCCAGAUGCUGUUCUUUGCAAAUGUGGAUGCAACUGGAGUGAAAGAAAAUCUCUUCAACCCUCCCAUCAUAGCCCGGUACAUCCGCAUCAACCCCACUCACUACAGCAUCCGGACCACGCUGCGCAUGGAGCUCAUCGGCUGCGAUCUGAACAGCUGCUCCAUGCCCCUAGGAAUGGAGAACAGAAGGAUCCCUGACCAGCGCAUCUCCGCAUCUUCCUACAGCACCAAUGUCUUCUCCAGCUGGUCACCCUCCCAGGCCCGCCUGAACCUGCAAGGGAGGACUAACGCGUGGAGGCCAAAGAGCAACAGCCCCAGAGAGUGGUUACAGGUGGACUUUGAAGUAACCAAGAAGGUGACUGCAAUCAUAACCCAAGGUGCCAAAGCUGUCUUCACCCCCAUGUUUGUGAUGGAGUUUGCUGUCUCCAGCAGCCAGAAUGGUGUGCACUGGAGCCCGGUCCUGCAGGACGGCAAGGAGAAGAUUUUCAGGGCAAACCGAGACCACACCAGCAGAGUGAUGAAUACCCUGGAGCCCCCCGUCUUUGCACGCUAUGUGAGGAUACACCCCCGCCAGUGGUACAACCACAUUGCCCUGCGGAUAGAACUCCUCGGCUGCGACACGCAGCAGGAGUACUGA